AUGGCUCGGUCCAAGCUUGAAAUCUCGAUCAGUCAACGCAAAUACUGCCUUGACUUAAUCUAUGAUUCUGGUUUCCUGGCUUGUAAACCUGUUUCCACUCCGCUCGAUCCUGCGAUUCGGCUAUCCAAGAAUUCUGGCGAUCCUCUCUCUGAUAUUACUGGUUAUAGACGACUCAUUGGUCGGUUAUUAUACCUGACAAUUACCAGACCCGACAUCGCCUAUGUUGUUCACAAACUCAGCCAGUAUUUGUCCUGCCCUACUUCGGCUCAUCUUUCUGCUGCUCAGCGUGUUGUCAGAUAUUUGAAGAGUAAUCCUGGGCAAGGUGUGUUCUAUUCUGUCACCUCUUCAUUGUGUCUCAAUGCGUUUGCGGAUGCCGACUGGGCUUCUUGUCUAGAUUCGCGUCGAUCUGUUUCGGGAUUCUGUGUUUUUCUUGGCGAUUCUCUGAUUUCAUGGAAGGCCAAGAAACAGACAACUGUUUCACGCAGUAGCACAGAGGCAGAAUAUCGAUCAUUGGCAAACGCCACUUGUGAACUGGUGUGGUUGCGUAAUCUCUUACAGGAUCUGUUCAUCUCUGUUAUCGGGCCUGCAAAGCUUUUCUGUGAUAAUAGGUCGGCUAUUCACAUUGCGACGAACCCAGUUUUUCACGAACGUACUAAACAUAUCGAAAUUGAUUGUCAUGUCAUUCGUGAUAAACUGAAGUCUGGUUUUCUCAUUUUGAUGCAUGUUCAUGACGAAAACCAGCUGGCCGGUAUUUUUACAAAAGCUUCGCAACCUUCUCUGUUCAUGAGCUUGCUUUCUCGGAUGAAUAUUUCAAGUCUGUUUCUCCCGUCUCAGCCUUGA